UGAUGUCGAGGCGACAGACAAUCACGUGACGUUGAAGCUAUUAUUAUCUGGCGCUGUCAAUACGAUUUCUCAAUCUAUACGUCGAUAGAAGUUCGGUGAUGUUAUUGUAAUUUAUUAAAAUGACUUCAACAAAAUAUGCUAGUCAGUUUAUUGCACAUAGUUCCGGUAUUAGAGACGAAACACCACAAAUGGCAAGAAUGAUAUUUUCAGGACCGGACUACGUCCGAGACCAGUGCGUGACGGUCAACACGGAUCACAGACAGGUGGGCAUCGGCGACCAGUCCAGGGAACUGACCAGCGAGCUCAGCUACCUCUGGAGGGCGGCUCCCAACACACCCUUCCCGCGUUCAAGGGCGAGCCAAGUCGGGGAGAUAGGGUGGGGCAUCCAGUUCUUCACCGACUGGUCCCUCCAGCAAACAGGCGAACAGAUCAUGAUGGGCGAAUUCCGUCGAGCGAUAGAAGACGUAUAUACGCACAGACUACAGAAUCCACGGUAA